AUGUCACUUCGCCAACGAUUCGGAACGAAGCGAGUACCGCUCGAGUCCGGUUACUUUGAGGCUGGCAACCAGCCGAACGUGCGACUGGUCGAUGUCAAAUCGAAUCCUGUUGAAUCCUUCACGGCAAUUGAUUUCCAAGGAGUCAAUGGAGUCAAGCUGGCAGAUCGGUGGGCUGAAGGGCCCCGCACAUUCCUUGGUUUGUUUGUGGAAGGCUUCCCAAAUAGGAUGAUGGUUAUGGGACGCCAUCAGAUGUUUGGGAACAUCCCACGGAGCAUUGAAUAUGCCGUGGGCUGGGUAUCGCGGUUCAUUGAGUUUUGUCGGGACAGUGGUAUCACCUUUGCGGAAACACCACACCAGAGAGUUCUCGAUUGGCCAGAGCAUGUGCAUACUUGUGCAGAUGGUCUACUUGCUAAUGAUGUGGACUCGUGGAUGACCGGCGUGAACAAGAAUCUGGCUCACAAGCAAAAACGCAUCAUCGCAAGAUACCAGGGCCCAGCUCCCGGUUACCGCAAGCUUGCCGAGGAAGUGGCUAUGCGAGAAUUCGGAGAUCUGAAACUGGUAUGA